AUGGGAACGGUUCUCGAUUCGCAUUUCCUGGCUCUCACUGCCAUUGUUACUGUGGUUUAUCAGUUUAUAUUCUUCGUAAUCACGGCUCUGUUCAAAUUUGAUCAAGUCACUGACUUUGCAGGAAGCACAAACUUCGUUAUUAUUGCUGUCUUGACUCUUGUUCUUAAAGCCACAUGGCAUUUUCGACAGAUAGUCUUGACUUUGCUAGUUGUGGUAUGGGGACUUCGCUUGGCGAUCUUCCUUCUAAUGAGGAUCUUGCAAUGGGGCGAAGAUCGACGAUUUGAUGAAAUGCGUCGAAGUUUGGUGAAACUAAUAGUAUUUUGGACUAUUCAGGCCGUGUGGGUUUGGACGGUGAGCUUACCUCUAACUGUUGUUAACGCAAGUGAUGGUGGAGGAUCUCUUAAACCGACAGAUGUUAUCGGUUGGACAAUGUGGGUUUUCGGUUUCUUGAUUGAAGCUGCAGCUGAUCAACAGAAGCUCUCUUUUAAAAACUCUCCAGAAAACAGAGGAAAAUGGUGUGAUGUUGGUGUGUGGAAGUGGUCAAGACAUCCAAACUACUUUGGUGAGAUAUUACUGUGGUGGGGAAUCUUUGUGGCUGCAUCGCCGGCUCUAGAAGGUGCAGAGUAUCUUGUCAUAAUCGGACCACUCUUUCUCACUUUGCUACUUCUAUUCGUCAGUGGCAUACCAUUACUAGAGGCAUCGGCUGACAAAAAGCAUGGCCACUUGGGAGCUUACAGAUUCUAUAAGAAGACAACAAGUCCUCUGUUUCUGUUACCGAGAGGAGUGUAUGGGAACAUACCAGGAUGGUGCAAGAAGGUCUUUCUCUUUGAGCUUCCAUUUUACAACCGAAAUCUCCCUGAAGAAGUAGCUGUCUCGUAA